UGGAAAUUUAUGUUUCAUAAAAACGUCUUCGUUUCAACAGAAGGUUAGAAAAUUGGCUAAGAAAAACGAUUGAUUUGCGAUCUCAUGUUGUUGACAAAAUCAUUGUUCUAGAAGCCAUUUUUUAAAAGAUUCACUUAAAAAGAUUCUAUUGUUAGAAGGAAUUGACGAGUAAAUGAAUAUGAUAUAAAAAUAUGUCGGAGGAUAAUGAAGGAAAUUUUUUAAAAAAGAACAAGGGACGUAAUGAUGACGGUAGUGUAGAUAAAAGUAUCUGUUCGUUGUAAAAUCAUGUCAACCGAUGGCUGUUAAAGGGGACCUGUUUAGCUUCAUGUAAGAUCUUGUCGCGAUGUCGAACAACACUACGACAGCUGCAGCAAGAACAUGUGAAAUGCAUUUCAAAGACAUUGUACUAGUUUUUCUCUACGUGGUGGUCAUAAUUCUUGGAGUAGUUGGAAAUGCUUGUAUCUGUUAUAUUUUCGGUUAUCGCAACCACCACCGUAAGACAGUAACAGAACUGUUAAUCGUAUAUCUAGCAAUCUUUGAUCUGCUCGCAUCAAUAUUUGCACCAUUUGUUUUUAUGUAUUGGAUUCUCACAUGUAGUACAUGGCAUUUUGGAAUCAUCGGCUGCAAGAUAUUACCAUUGCUCAGUCGUGUGUUUAUAAAUAUUUCAGUUGGUAUUAUAUUAAUUCUUGCUGUUGAUAGAUUUCAAGCAAUAUGCGUUCCAUUUCGUGGACAAUUCGCCAAGAAAAACAUUCAUAUAGCUGUCUUAGUAACCAUAUUAUUAUCAUUUGUCUGUGAAAGUUAUUAUAUCGAAGCUUUAACGAUAGGAAACGGUCGUUUAUCGGGUUGUAUCGUGGAACCAAAUAAUAAAAUUCUUUACAGUAAAGUGACUUCAUCAAUUUUGAUUGCAAGAGACUCUCUUUACAUUAUUUGUUUCACUACAACAACUUUUGGAAUUGCUUUUACCAUCAGAAAGCGAGAUUUAUAUUUUACAGCACCACAGAAUAUGAGCCGACAGGAAAUGGGUCGCGUCGUUCGUGUUGUUAUUGUGAUGCAAUUGGUUUUCUUAAUUCUUCUUUUACCCAGAGAUAUUUUACAUAUUUUAUUUUCAUUAUCCUGGCUUGGCGGGAAAGGUAUUCCUUACACUGAGGAAAUUGAAACUUUAAAUGAAUUUCUAAAAUUAUUUCAAACCGCAAAUUGCUGCGCCAAUAUAUUCGUGUACGCUAAAUUACACGAUCGCUUUCGAUCGAGCUUUUUAGAAGUUAUUCAGCAGUCGAUUGGUUGCGGGUCACCUGCUUCAGCAACGGCCGUCGCAUUACGAUAUAAUCGACAAUUACUGGUACGAUCUGACGAAAGACAAACUCAAUCUUUUCGAGAUGUUGAAUUCUAUACUCCGAAGUUGUCGAAACGUAUGGAAGGAUACAUGACAAAUGGAAAACAAAAAUUGUAAUAAAUAUAUUUAAAAAAUACUAGUUGAUUUUGCAUUUAUGAACUUAUUGUGACUUUUUGACGUGGAAACAUUUUGAAAUGCCUCUGCACUGUU